CGAAAGUACAAACUCUGUGUCGUGCGGGUGAAUAUUUUCAAAAAUUUUAUUUAACGUGAAGAGACUGAGGUACCUAUCGAGUGUGUUGUUGUGUAGCCAAAGGCCGUCAAAACGGAAUUCUUGGGCGGUAAUCAAUGCGUGUCUGGGGCACAACAGUUGGGCAACAGCAGCGUGGUUGGGUACGGCGGUGAAGGCGCCACGGGAGUGUUGGCGCCCGCCCCCGUGGUCGUCGCGGCGCCCGCCGUCAUGAACCAGCUGGGCACGGUGUAUGCUACCAAGCGAAGACGUCGGAACGGCAAAAGUUUAAAGCCAACCCCCAAAGACGGUGUGACGAAAAGCAACCCGAGCAAAAGACACAGAGAAAGGCUAAAUGCAGAACUGGAUACUCUGGCAAGCCUUCUGCCGUUUGAGCAAAAUAUCCUCUCCAAACUGGAUAGGCUUUCGAUACUUAGGCUGUCAGUGAGCUAUUUACGCACCAAGAGCUACUUUCAAGUGGUCAUGCACAAAGAUAAGGACGACAACGGUGGCCUCCAUCGACCUAGACCCGACCUCACCGCAUUUGAUCAUACUCCACUGGACGGGGAAAUGUUCUUACAAGCUUUAAAUGGGUUUCUAAUGAUUCUAACUUGUGAAGGCGAAGUGUUCUUUGCAACUCAUAGUAUAGAAGGCUACCUAGGGUUUCACCAGUCUGAUAUAGUUCAUCAAUCAGUCUACGAACUUGUACAUUCUGAAGAUAGAGAAGAACUACAAAGACAACUAAUGUGGAACUCGUUUCUUCCGCCAGAAUCAGCAAAUAUGGGCCUCCAGGAUGUACUCCUUUCAGAUAACUGUCACUUACUUGAGAGAAGUUUUACAGUGCGCUUCCGUUGUCUAUUAGACAAUACUUCCGGAUUUUUGAGAUUGGACAUUCGUGGUCGUGUAAAAAUAUUGCAUGGUCAAAACAGAAAGUCAGAAGAUCCUCCGCUGGCACUUUUCGCAAUUUGCACGCCAUUCGGACCGCCCUCGCUUCUGGAAAUACCACAGAAGGAAGUUAUGUUCAAAAGCAAACAUAAAUUAGACCUAGGCCUGGUUUCAAUGGAUCAACGAGGAAAAAUGUUACUUGGUUACGCGGACUCUGAAUUGGCCAGUAUGGGUGGUUAUGACCUGGUGCAUUACGAUGAUCUGGCUUAUGUUGCAAGCGCACAUCAAGAAUUACUAAAAACAGGAGCUUCUGGCAUGAUAGCAUACAGAUUUCAAACAAAAGAUGGGCAAUGGCAAUGGUUACAGACAAGUUCCAGACUUGUUUACAAAAAUUCCAAACCUGAUUUUGUUAUCAGCACUCAUAGACCUCUAAUGGAGGAAGAGGGCCGAGACCUUCUUGGUAAACGCACGAUGGACUUUAAAGUAAGUUAUCUGGACGCAGGUCUUCCAAACAACUACUUUUCCGAAAGCGAUCAACUUAUAUCCAGUAGCACCUCAAAUGCGACACAUUCCGUAUCAACAACACCAUCCAGAGUGAACAGGCGAUAUAAAACGCAGCUGCGAGAUUUUCUUUCAACUUGCAGAACAAAACGCAAACUGUCGCACAGCUCUUCCAGCGGGCAAGUUACUCCACCAGCAAACGCUACGGUAACAGCGUCAGUAGUAAGUCCAAUGCCUACUGUGGAUUACAUAACUGCAGAUGGCUGUACUGCUUAUAAUAUGUACACCACUCCUUAUCCGACAGCCACACCAGAUCACAGUCUUUCUUAUAUGAGCCAUUCCAACUUCCAGCAUAGCCUGUAUCCAACUCCAACCGCUUUGGAUAACCGUUACUUAACAACCACAGAGAAUUUAUUUCAUCAAUACAGGCCUUUAAGUACUUAUUACCCUGAUUAUCACCAUGCACCAGCUGCUAGUCCUUAUGUUGGUAAUGGUUUCUUAGAGAUGUCAUCAAGAACUCCGGCAGUUCCGACGUAUGAUCCUUCCCCUACAUCCACAGCCCACCAUGCGACUUACAGAACUACAGUAAUGCCUGUAGAUGAAAAAUUGUACCCUUGUCAGCAAAUCGUUGAUACUUCCACAACAAAAUACCCACCCUACGUUGAUACGUCAAGAGGUUACGUAGUGGCUAACCCAACUAAAUGUUUGGAUGUAAGUUGGCCUUAUUCUGUAAGUCCAUCUUCAGGAAUUAUACAACCUGUACAAGUCAUGAGUACCAUAGACCUGGGGCAUAAAAAUAACGGAAAAAUGUCCAAGCACUCGUCCAUGGAUGGAAUAUCAUCUAACCACAGUUCAUCGCCAGUAAACACGGGUUUAAUAACGCCCAAGAUGGAAGAAAUUAAAUCAGAUAUGAUUCAGUCAGAAAGCCCCAACCAUCACAUGAUUAACCAGUCGGUUACGCCGCAACAUUUUUCCCCCGCGAGCACGCAGGAGAUGCCCAGACAAACAGUUCUAAUGUGGGGCUCAAACCACCUGCACACAUCACCAACAAACAGAUCCCCCCAUGAUAAUCAGGAAUACCUUACUAAUCAACCUGAAGGUUGCGACAGUCUAAAGACACUGUCAGACAUGUCCAACCAGGAUAUCUGCAAGUGGAAUGUUGGCGGGGAAUCAAAACCAGAACCAGUAAACCCAAACAAUGAUCCGGGCAGUCCGCAUGCGCAUCACUCCGCUCACCACAGUCAUCAUAAUUCUCGCGUGGUCAUGGUUCUAUGAUGAACGUGUUCGGUGUCGUUUAAUGAACGGCUGUACAUAAGUAUAAAUACUUUCAGUAAAUUGCACAUAAUUUAAAUUUACACCCUUAUAAUUAAUACAGAAAACAUAUCUUCCUGCAUUGUGUUUUUUUCGUCUACGUCUUCGAAACUUAGAGUUUAAUUAACAUUUAUAAUAUCAACGUUUUGGGAGGCAAACCUGCUUCAAACAAAUUAUAGUUUACAAAAUGCCUGUUUUCUAAACUAAGUAUAUUUUUUAAAUCAAAACAAGCAUAUUUUAAGUAGAUAAUUAAUUAAUAUAAUUUUGGUGCAAUCAGGUUUGAAUCCUAAAUAGGCGAUAUGUGAAGUGAUUUUAAUACCGUUUUUAGGGAUCUUUUAAGGAUACACUUUCUGUACAUUCAUAAAAUAAUUUAUAAAACGCAUAAAAGUGGAAAAUAAACAAAAUAUUUUUUAUAAAUCUUUGUCUUUAAUUAAUUAUUAUUGUUAAUUUAUUUAUGUAUAAAAUAUAUAUAAUUUAUUAUUCUAUAAAAGAUUGGUCCAUUCUACCAACUAGAACAUUAAUACCUAUUUGUAGGUAUGUUUUAAUGCGUAGAAUGAACAAAUCUUUUAUACACUAAAAAAGGGAAUACACAUAAAUAUAUUAAUAAUAAUAAUUUAUUAAAGACAAUUUGGGAACAUUUUCCUAAAUUGGCUUUUUCUAAUUGGCGAUUGGUUAAAUCAAUUGUUUAUAACCUUAAAUAAUUUUGAAACAAAAACUUUUUUUAAAUAACGUUUAAUCCUGCCUAAAAUUUUAAUAAUCCGCUCGGUGGCGGUUUUUAGGGGGGCGACAGAGGCGAUCCCACCCCUAAAUAUAUUGCUUUAACAAAAAACAGCUCAAAUUAGAGCCAAUUCCUUUUUUUUAAUUCCGCGCGCGUCUGCAAU